CAACAGAAUUACAUCAUGAUUUUCACGAUUGAUCAUCCACGAGGUCGGCAAACUUCGCCGGGGCGGUUGUCGACAUGUACAUGUACGUAGAUAAACUGUGCCGGGGGGUCGUGUCUUCCCCUCAUGUACUCCCACUCGCGCUCCCGGUCGAGGACCGUCUCCCCCUCCCGCCACCAGGCCACGCAAUCGGUGUCCUACGUCGCGUCUGGGCUCCCAGACGGGCUCGUCGACGACGAGACUGUCGAGCUGCUGCAGGAACUAGUUCACCCCCACGGACACGACCAGGACGCGACUCUGGUCGACGAUAGCGGCAGUGUCGAUGCACUUCCCGUGGACCCUCGACCCUGGUGGAAGCGGCCAUCUCCGUGGUGGCUCAUGGCAUUCACGCCGUUCUCUGUGAUCGCGAUGUCCGCGACCCUGGUGCCGAAGGUCGAGAUAUACACACUGCUCGCAUGCAGCGUGCACAAACCUGAGAUCUUCGCACCCUCGGCGUCUCUCCCGCAGUACACGCUAGCAGGAUUUGUCGAUGCCGCCUCCGCGCGCCCGGGCCAUCCGCCCGCGUUCGAUAUCGCACUGGCGACCACCGAGGCCGGCGCCGCAGACCGCGCGCGGGAGACGCCGAUCGCUGCGUGUGCCGCGGAUCCAGUCGUGCAGGCGGCCGUGGCGAAGCUCAACACGGCGAUCACGACCACCAUGGGAGCGCUGGGGUGUCUCACGACUGGCUGGUGGGGCUCCUACUCCGACAGGCGUGGAAGAACCAGGGUUCUUGGUCUCACCGUCUUCGGCCUGUUGAUGAAUGACUUCGUUUUCCUGGCUGUGACCAAGCACUUCCAGACUAUUCCCGGCGGCUACUGGUUCUUAAUGGUUGGGCCCGUCCUCGAAGGCUUGCUCGGCGGCUUCACGACCGGCAGCGCGGCCAGCCACGCCUACAUCGCAGACAUCACGCCCCCCAGCGAGCGAUCGCGCGUCUUCUCCACGUUCCUUGGACUCGUUUUCACCGGGCUCAGUGCGGGCCCCACGGCCGGCGGCCUGCUCAUCAAAUACACACACAACACCUUAUCGGUCUUCUAUCUGACCGCGGCGAUCCACGCGCUGUACGCGUUUAUGACGUGGUUCCUCCUCCCUGAAUCCCUGUCUGCCGCGCAAAUGCAGGCAUCCGCGCUCCAGAAGAAAGAGCGGGAAGCGGCGCUCGCUCGGCGGGAGCGGACGCUCCUGUUCCGCGUGGAGCGCAUGUUUGCUUUCCUCCAGCCCCUGGCCGUCUUUUUCCCGGAGCGCGUUCCGGGAAAACGAGGCAGGGACUGGAAUUUGAUGCUUUUGGCGGCAGGAUACGGGCUGGCGAUAUCUAUCAUGGGGUCCAUGUCUUUCAAGACACAAUAUUUAAUCGCUACGUUCCAUUGGACGAGCGAGAACAUUGGAUAUCUCUUGACUAUCACCGGAGCGUCCCGGGCAUUUUUCCUUGCCAUUCUCUUACCACUGUUGAUCAAAGCCCUGAAGCGGACCUUUUACAGACAAACCGAGACGCACUCGGAAACCGAACCUCUCCUGCGCAAAGAAGAAAGGAAACCAGAGCACUCUCCUCGGUUUGACCUGUCGCUUGCACGAGUGUCGAUGUGCAUUGAGAUGGCGGGCUACAUCGGCCUCCCGUUUGCGACGACUGGGACGAUGUACACCGUGUUCAUGGUCGUGUCCAGCUUCGGCGGAGGGUUCGGGCCCGCUGUCCAAAGCACCGCCAUGGAGCUGUAUGCGCGGAAACGGGGUCUGCAGGGCACGCCGGCGCACGGCGAGGGAACGGGCCGGCUGUUUGGGGCGAUGAGUGUCCUGCAGGCGCUGUGCGCAUCGAUCCUUAGCCCGGCCAUCUACGGCCUAGUGUAUAUGAAGACUGUGGCGACGUUCCCCAAAGCCAUCUUCUUCGUCUCGAUUGCGUCGCUCCUGCUGGCUCUGCUCUGCGUCUGCUGUGUGCGCUUGCCGCCCGAUGAUUCGCCUGAUCGUGACAUCGAGCACCACCCGGCCAGGGACGGGACAUUGGUGGAUGUCGAUACUUCGCCGAAGAAUGUUCCAGACCUGGUGGUUACUGCGCCCAACUGAGUCAAAUGUAUAUGUACUAUAGUAUAGUCUUCCGCGCUCUUAUCGAUUAUAUGUCGAUUACAUAGGAUUAGAAAUAAUAUUAUACUGUAAGUAUUCAGAUGAGGACAUCAGACCGCCGCGUAUUUACUACAUCUCAAACUUGAGCGUUCGCAGCUGCUGUGCGACCGUCCGCAUCUCAGUGUUCCACUCCCCGCUCCACUCCCGCUCCUUCCUGCGUCUACCCGUCUGCAGCGCGCAGUGCAGCCGCUGUGCGUCCCCGCGCGCCAGAAGAUCCACGGCGCGAAUGGGCAGAUCGUGCAUCGGGGACAGAGGAACCAUGACACGGCCGACGAACGACCGCGACCGGGCCAGUUUCGGGAGUGACUUCUCGCUGUCCUCUGCACGACUCCGAGGCCGGCCCCAGCCUGCGUUGUGUUUCAGGAGCGCACUGCGCGAGCGGCGGAGACUCGGUGUGGCGUCGAGCUCCGGGCCCGAUGCCAGCGCCGGUGCGACGUUCUCGCCCAGUGUGCGCGCCAGCUUCUGCGCGUGCCGUCUGCGCGCCAUCGCGGCCGCGUUCCCGGGGGUGGCAGGAGGGGCGGGUGAGAGGAUGUUCAGCGUGAUGGUGAGGGUGGGCGACACAGGCGUCAGCGGGGGCGAUGGAGCAGACAGAUGGGUGGUAGAGCUGGCUGGUGCUGCAUCAAGGUGCAAGUAGAGCCUCGGACGACCAGCCGUGGCGUUCAGCCGCUUCGAGCUGCUGGAAGAGGUCGAAGAAAGAGUGUCAGGCGAGACGAUUGGGGCUCGCGGAGAAGAGGACCCGGCCUCGGAAGAAGUGGGACUGAGAUGGUGCUGCGUGCUGUUGUUCUCAGACAUCGCAGCGGUGAUGACCUCAGGCGUCACCCCCAGCAGAGCUUGCAGUUUCCGAGCGGACCGCACCAGGCGGCUUCGCUCAGUGGGUAAAAGCACGUCCGCGUGUAACAUGGAGAAGGCGAAGAACGAGGGUGGCAAAAGUGGGGAGGAUCGGCGUGUACGUGCGGUUUAAUAGGAUUGCGUUUUAAUCAACGACCGGAGGCAUAAUUAUUUCAACUCGUGGUGCGUUUCCGAUGCACAACGACGAUGACAGGAUGUUGCCAUUAUUAGUCGCAAGCGCCAUUCACAAAGUCGCAGUCGUAUAGAGAGAAAUGUGCUCUCGACUAGCUAGCAGCGCUCGGCCCCGGGAAGAUGAAGAGGCAAAGACCAGAGCUGAAAGCGAAUCGCAGCUCUCAAGAUGUUGAUC